UUCCGGUUAGACGUAUUCCCACGUCAAAACAAACGAAUUAUGCUUAACGUGGAAUUAGGUAUUGGAAACGCCAAAGAAGAGUUUCAAAGAAAUAUUAAAUAAUUAACACAUUUCUCAGGUACUUUAUAAAUCAACAGUUCUUAAUUAACAGUUAGUAUUACGCAACACUGCCUCCCUGUAUUGUGAUAAACGACUAAAUUGUAUCCUCUUACACACCUAUCAGCGGAACAUAUGAUUUAUUUUCAUUUUCGUAAUGACCUUCAAUAAGCACAAUAACGUAAAGGCCCACGCCGUCGCUUGAAAUUUCUCUUUUUGAAUAAAUUAUGUAACAAUUUACAACGGUGACAUCGCAUUGCAUCGCUGUUGGCCGUGGUACUAGUGUAUCCAAAAUAUUGAUAUCCGUUUGAUUGAUUAAUGCAAAGCAACAAGCAAUGUGCGCAUAUUAUUACGUUUAAUGUGGAUGGCACGGCAUAGCACUGCUGAUCACGUAUAACGUUCAAUUUCAUUCACUUGUGGCUGAUUUACCGCGAACCAUUUUCGGUAACACAUUUAAAUAUAAUCCGCCCAGGAGCGGGGCAAUAAUUUUCAAUCCCUUUAUAAACAGACAGAAUAAUUUCGGUAGCUAUCAAAGCAGAUUCAAACCCUCAAGUGUUGAAGUGCGUCAGUUUUAGUAAAAGUGUACCGAAGAACAGAAUGGCCGCCCUUAAGAUCGCAUUGAUCGCCGUGUGUCUGCUCGGCACCAACCAAGCAGGAGUUCUUUUACCUGGUGCUCGCUUUGCCGCUGCACCGGUUGCUGCACUAGCGCCCGCAGUGUCAGUUAUCAACACUAACCACGAUCCACUGCCACAGUAUACUUACGCUUACAAUGUCCAUGAUGCCUUAACUGGGGACAACAAGAGUCAACAAGAGACCAGAGAUGGCGAUAUUGUGAAAGGCUCCUACUCGUUGGUGGAACCUGAUGGUACUAUCCGCACUGUGAUAUACACUGCCGAUCCAAUCAACGGUUUCAAUGCAAUUGUUCAGCGUGGUCCAUUGGUACACAAAUCUUUAGUUCCGGUUGCUCCAGUCACUAGAGUACUUGGAUAAGAAUUUUGUUAUACAGUUUUUUUUUGCUAAUUUCUAAAGAAUAGACUGAAGC